ACUCAGGUAAGAUAUUUACCUGUGGAAAAUGACAGUUGCUUUUGCAGUUGUCUGUUGAGCACAUCAGGGAAAUAUUAUAUUUUUUUAAUUGAUUGUAUCGACCACACCUAAAGAAAGAUACACAAUAUGAAGAAUUCUUAUGUUUAGAUUCAGUGACGUUGUUGAAAAUAUAGGCGUUAAUUUUAUACCAUUGUUAAUUAUUUAAGAAAAUGAAAACUAACGGCAAUUUGGAUUCUUCUGGAGUCUGUGUUACACCUCUAAGCAAGCAUAAAAAAAUCACCGGAUUACAGAGAAGCCAGUCUGAAGCUAGUUUUAAUUUGGAUUACAAUAGAGUGGACGAAAGGAAGUACUGUAAACUUGGAAGGAAUGGAUAUACUGAUGCCGAACUAGAAAACCAUGUUAAACAUUUAUCUCUAAAUGGAAUUAAUGGUAAUGGUACCUUACCAUUAUACCUGGACUUAGAAAGCGGAGAUGGUUCUUCAGAGAAAACGUUUGCUGGCAGACGUAACGUACUCGAUCCGUCUUCACUUCAGGAGAAACAGAUCCUUAGUAGGAAAGGUUCUGUACGAGGAUUAAAAAACAGGGUUCGAGCUGGAAUAAAUACGUUUAUGAGGGAGGCACCAGAUAAUACGAUUGAUGAAGAAGAAUGGAGGAAGAUAAGAGAACAAGAAAUAGGAAAAAUUGUGAUAUAUACAACCAGUAUGACAGUAGUGAGACAGACUCAUGAACGAUGUAAAAUUGUGAAAAAGAUUCUACAAAAUCACAUGGUUAGAUAUGAAGAAAAGGAUUUGUUUAUGAAUAGUGAAAAUCAAAAAGAAUUAAUGGAACGUUUGGGUAGUAAUGAGAUUUCUUUACCACAAGUGUUCGCCGAUGGAAAUUUAUUAGGGAGUGAAGAUGAACUUGAAAAACUAAACGAAAUUGGUGAACUGAAGAAAAUCUUAGAACAUUUUGAGAAAAUAAAUGUGCGAUCUCAUUGUGAAAAAUGUGGCGGAUACAGAUAUAUUCCAUGCAUACAUUGUCAUGGAAGUAAAAAGUCAUUAAAAAGGAACUUUUUUACGGAGGAAUUCUAUUCACUUCGAUGUAUGCAGUGUGAUGAAAAUGGCUUACAAAGAUGUGAUAUGUGUCUAGACCAACAAGAAUAACGACGUAUAUAUUGAAUAAACUAAAGAUUUUUUUGAAUAUGUUGUGCAAUCCUUGCCUGAAAAUAGAAAAGCUGGACUUUUUUAUAGACAGAUGUUAAUGCCUGAUUAUGAUACUAACGAACUAUGCCUAUAUAUAAUUCUAAUUCGAAGUUAUUUCACACCUCUCAAUGUGUGUCAUAUAACAUCCAUCGAAUUUGUUGAUUCUUUUGUACCUCUUAUCAAACUUAAGAACUCCUUUUGUGGUUGUUAUGGAAUCCUUGGUUUCAGUAAUUAUUUGCACAUAUAUCGUCUUUGCCAAUGUAUAAUUCUAAUUCAAAGUUAUUUUGAGUACAGAACACACCUUACCAGAAUGAAGUUAGUUCGGUGUUCAACCUUUCUUUGUGCCUCAUAUAACGUCCACCGAAUUUGUUGAUUCUUUUGUAACUCUUAUCAAACUUAAGAUCUCUGUUUUUGGUUGUUAUGGAAUCCUUGGUUUCAGUUAUCAUUUACACAUAUACCGUCUGUUUACCAGCUUCCGCAAUCUCGAAUCAAGGUCAUACGAUGGGUGGUAAAAAAUAAAUAAAAAAAAAGUUAUUUGACCUUCAACUAUUCUUCAAAAUUCCUCAAUGUAUAGUGUUUUAAGGCUUUGAACGUCUAGACCGAUAACUAUUUUCAAGAUGAUCCUCAUUAUGAUUUUGUUUCUUUCACAUCGCACUGUUGCCAGCCCUGGAGGCUGCGUCUUGAUUAAAUUGGCCACUAGUUUCAAUAUUUAUAUGCAAGCCGAACACUUAAUAAAGUGAUCAGAAAAAAUGAGAUUAUCUUUUUUUUUAUGUACAUAUAGAACUAUCAAAUAAAGCAUACCGCCAUACCUUGCAGUAUUUUACUUUUACAAUGAUGCGUGUCGUUCAAGUUCUAUAUCGUGGACAUGAAACUAGUCUGGUUGCCUGUUCAAGGAGUAAGUGGCUAUGACUGGUUUCAGUUAAGUAUUGUUGACAUGAAGCUAGUCUUUCAUUUUCAUUAUGUUUGUCAAACCAAAGUGCUGAUUGAAGCAAAUUACCUUCGUAUUUAUAAUUGUUAAUGUUUUUUUGUAAAAUGUAUGUAAUUUUGAAUAAAAAGGUUUAACUCUAA